UAGAGAGGCCAUAUAAAACCCCUGGAGCACAAGCCAUGCUUUAUCUUGUGACCCGCUCAUUUCUGUUUCAGGCACAGAAAACCCCUAAACUCUUUCAGCCCUGCCCCAGCGCCUGCAUACACACUCUCACACACCUCAGCGUGCUCAGAGACCAGAAUGGCUGUACGAAGAAUGAAUGAACUCUGGAAAACCAUGGCUCUGGCUUUAAUGUUCGGCUUUCUUUUGCUUCACAGUUGUCAGGGACAGACCACAGCAACUUCAACUAAUGCUUCUCCAAACACGGGAUCAGCCACGACAUCAAAUCUGCCAGGGGAAGCAACAACAGUCCCAGUCCCAGUAAUAAACACAAAAAUGCCAGCAAACUCAACCCCUGUGAUCCCUGCUCAAACAACACCUGCUGAACCAAGCAUACUUGGCACUUCUGGCCACAAUGCUCCAUCAGAAACCACCUCCUCUGGCAACAGCAAAGAUGCCGGCCUGACUGAAUCCCCACCAAAACAAUCAGAAAACACAGCCUCCAAUACCCCUUUUGUAGUGAAGCUAAACAAUCCGGCCUCAAAUCAAGCAUCCGAACCUUCUAAAACUAGUGAUAUUAAAGAAGACAAUGCCAACUCUGGGUCUUCUCCUGUGGUUUUCGUGUCUGUGCUGGUGACCGGCUUACUGCUUGCUGCCAUAAUAAUCGGCAUAUACUACUUCAAGUGCCAUCGGCGAAGCAACGGCAAAGGCAUGAAACUGGCUGAGGAGUCAUACAUGGCUGAUGAGGAGAACCAGGGCAAUACUCUGGUGUCUGUGGCCCCUCUGAACCAACCCGAGCCUCAGGAAAAACCAAGUCUUAACGGAGAGUCACAAGAGGCAGUGAAGCCCCAAACUCCCCCUGCCGCCACCAAUGGCCACUCUACCACCAAGACGGCAGACACAGAGCUGUGAAUGAGCCGUUCUGCCAUCAAGGGUCUGGGUGAAACGCUCAGCCCCUGUUUCUUAAACCCAACUCAAUCUACUGCAUAUUGACCUUGGCCGUCAGAAGGCACGAGGGAGACAAAGACUCAAAUUCCCACAUUUACAUGUAAAUAUCAUGCAAAAUGUUCCACUUAAAGUCAUACGGAAUUAAAAACACAUCUGAAUCAAAGUUAUAGCUAUGGGAUACAAAUAUAUAGGAUAAAAAAAUGGGAUAAAUGUUAUGAAAGUUGUAAAAUGGCAGUUAUGACAGUGAUGAUUUAUAAUGAGAACAUCAUUUAAACUUAAUCAUAUGAUGCAACAAAAAUCGUUUUAGUCCAAGAGGUGCAUCCCUUGAGUAUAAUACUACUGUGGGGUGGGGAACCUUUCCCAUGAGUCAUUGCUAGCUUCCAUUAGUACAGCCAGGACUGGAACAUAACACUGGGAAGAUUCAUGCUCCUGUCCCAGCGCUCCACAGCUAAGUGUAAAUCCCAUCACACCAUAAAGAAACACUCAGAAUCCAUUGGGUGCGAGUUGUGGAUUUGUUUGCGUUGUUUCUAGACUGUAUGAAAUGUUCUAUAUGUUCGUCUUUGUGUAUAGUAUGAUUUGACUAGUUAAUAGUCUUGUAUAAUUUUGUUAAUAUCACUGCAUGACAAAGUAAUGAUUUCUGGAGUUGGUGAGUAUAAAAAAAAAACAGUUUAAGCAUCAACAUGAACUCCAUUUCAUUGCUGCAAACAACACUUAACAUAAAAUCCAACAAAUUAGGUUUGCUGCAAAGCCCGUUAGCACUCAGGGUGACAGCUAAAUAUUAUCUGACAUUUCUGGAUUGAGUUACACCAUACUUUGUAAACCAGUAUUAUGCUCUUUUUGUAAUAUUUUUAUUCUAGACAUCUAGAUGUAGUGUUUAUGGACUGACUGAAUGACUGACUAAAUCGUUUGAAUAACCUGCCUUAAUUAUUAGAACCUUCUUGGGUGGGUGUGUUUUAUUUUGUAUCUACAUUUGCUACUACACUGUACAUAAAUCAUUAGGCAAAGAAAGUAUGUAAUUGUGCAGCCACGAAACCCUGGACCAUUGCCUUUAGUUUUAAUAGAUUCACUACAAUACAACAAGAAACAGUGCAGACAUAAAGAAAAUUUCUACACUAUUUGUCAACCCAUUUCUUGUUUAAAUACUUCACAUUUCUUCAAAAGAUUUCUGACACAAGACUGACUAAACCUUGGGGUCAAAAUUUGGUGCUAGAGUGACUGUAUCUCUUGAAAUAAACCAACAGAAAAUGAAAUUAUAUGUUGUAAGGUUCAAUAUGAAUAUAUGAGCAUAUAUACAUAUGAAUAUCAUGUCCUUUAUUUCAACUAUGACAUUUUGUUUUAACAUUCCGGUGUUCUGUUAUAUUUUGGAUCGGUGUACUAGCAUUGUGUUAAACUGAUGUAUGUUUGUGAUAGGAAUAAAGUUUUGGAAAAUAAAUCA